UAGAAAAGAACGCCGAUGCCGGCUGGAGCGAUGAGUCGUUGGAGGCGCCGGCCGUUCGGCGGCCCCGAGGAGCGGCUGCUGGUGGCCUCUUUGCAGAUGUAUUGCUGUCCUUGAACAUUAGCCCAUUUGAAGACACCAGGGAAGCUCAGCCAUGUCCAAGUACAAACUAAUUAUGUUAAGACAUGGAGAGGGUUCUUGGAAUAAGGAGAAUCGUUUUUGUAGUUGGGUGGAUCAGAAACUUAACGGUGAAGGAAUGGAGGAAGCUCGGAACUGUGGGAAGCAACUCAAAGCACUAAAUUUUGAGUUUGAUCUUGUAUUCACAUCCGUCCUCAAUCGGUCCAUCCACACAGCCUGGCUGAUCCUGGAAGAGUUGGGGCAGGAAUGGGUUCCCGUGGAAAGCUCCUGGCGUCUAAAUGAGCGUCACUAUGGAGCCUUGAUCGGUCUCAACAGGGAGAAAAUGGCUUUGAAACAUGGUGAAGAACAAGUGAGGCUCUGGAGAAGAAGCUACAACGUGACCCCACCUCCCAUUGAUGAAUCUCAUCCUUACUACCAUGAAAUCUACAAUGACCGGAGGUAUAAAGUAUGUGAUGUACCCUUGGAUCAACUGCCACGAUCCGAAAGCUUAAAGGAUGUACUGGAGAGACUCCUUCCCUAUUGGAACGAAAGGAUUGCUCCUGAAGUAUUAAAUGGAAAAACCAUUCUGAUAUCUGCUCAUGGAAAUAGCACUAGGGCACUCCUGAAACAUCUGGAAGGUAUCUCAGAUGAAGACAUUAUCAACAUCACUCUUCCUACUGGAGUUCCCAUUCUCCUAGAACUGGAUGAAAACUUGUGUUCUGUUGGGCCUCACCAGUUCCUGGGUGACCAAGAAGCUAUCCAAGCAGCCAUUAAGAAAGUAGAAGAUCAAGGAAAAGUGAAACAAGCUGAAAAAUAAAGUGCUGGCUAGGCAUAGAUGCAAAAGGAGUGGCAGGCAGUGUGUUAUAGGUGCUGACUUCUUUUUUUCCCUGAUUCUCCAUAUUUUUUCAGAGCUAGGCUGUUGGGUAGAAUUUGUAUAGGUAACUUAUUUUGACCCAGAUAAAGCUUUAGGAUGCCUGAGUGCUUAUGUCAUAAGCCUUAUGAGUUAGUUUUUCUGCUAGCCCUGUUUGAAAUAGUUAUCAAACUAGUAACCAUUGGGGUUUAAUCAAGGUCAUAAGUUUCUGAGAUGGGAGAGUAACAAGUGGAGAUAAAGUUUAAGGUGUUAAUCAUUCAAUAAAUUAUUGUCAAGUCACUAUUGACAGGCACUAUUUCAUUAAGUAGUUCACUUUGAUAUUUAAUAAGAUUUUCUGGGGUGAUAGUGGGGGACAGUAGAUAAUGAGGGGUCUUCAAAAAGUUCAUGGAAAGAUUCAUAUCUUUUGUGUUUGUUGGCUGUCUGGUAUGGAGCAUAUUAUCUAUUAAUUUCAUCUUUUCCAUUCGCUUUUUGAAGUAUCCUUGUGCACUAUACAUAAAUAUUUAUUACUAACCUUUUCCUCUAGGAAGAGAGGUGCUUUGAUAGUUAAGAGUAGAGGCCCCUUAAAUGAGAGUCACAGAUGGGUUCCUCUAGGAAAGCCAACAACCACCCACCACAACAGCAACAGGGCUCUUUAAAGUGACUCUAGUCCAGAGACAUCCUUUGUUUGACAUUUAGUAGAAUUCCUCUUUGGCCAGUAGAACAAGCAGCAUAUAGACAACUGUGGCUGUUUACAUUCUUUUCGUUUCAUUUUUGUUUUUUGAACUUUAAACUUUGGGUACUUAAAAUUGGUUUAAAAAUAAAGUUCUGUGACUGAAAAUGACA